AUGACCGCAACCACCACCACCCCUUGGUCGUACUUCUGUAUCAGACUGUUUCUGAAGCUGGUUCUCAAGAUUUUCUACGGAAACAUAGUCGUCGAGAAUACGCACCUGAUUCCAGGAGAUAACGCGCUCUCCAGUAUCUUGUGUGCCAACCAUGACAACUCGAUCACCGACGCUUCCGUACUUCUGACCUCUGUGCCUCUUGAGGCUCGGCUCAUUCAGCGACGGAGUUUGCUAAGGAUGACCGCGAAGUCAACUCACUUUGGAAAGAAAUCCUUUGUAGGUUGGCUCAUAGAGGCGACCGGCGCCGUUCCGGUCAAGCGACGAGUCGAUUUCCCAGGCGCACCGGUUGACAAUACAGACACAAUGAUCAAGCUUAUUGAGGCAUUAGAAGAUGGAGAAAUCAUUGGAUUCUUUCCGGAGGGCGUCAGUAGGUACAGUCCGGCAUUGGCACCUCUGAAGUCCGGAGUCUCUCGCAUCGUUUCGCAAGUCUUGUCGCGAAAUAGAGACAAGCCAGAUUUUGAGGUUUCCAUUCUACCUUGUUCGAUAACUUACAUGCGAAGACAGCACUUCCGAUCAGACGUCCUAGUGUCCUUCCAACCUCCGAUCAAAUUCAGACCGAAAUACAACCCGGAAUUGUUAGAACCAGUAGACUUCGAGUGUAUUUGCAAACUCACCGGGAUAAUCCACGAACGUAUCAGCGCGGGGACUCUGCACGCGCCGUCAUGGAAGACGCUGCGCAGUGCGAAGACAGCGGCACAAAUCUAUGCACCUCUCGGCACUACGAUCUCUUUGGGUGACCACGUCCGCAUGGUGAAGACUUUCCUGGAGGCCUUCAAGGACGCCGGAAGCCAUAAAAAUGUCAAGAUACCUGUUAAUACAAACAGCAGCAGAAUCAUGCGGUUGGAAGACGCGCUCGAAGAGUAUCAGGACCAACUAUCGCGGUGGCACAUCAAAGACGAAUGUAUCCACAUACCUCUGUCACUGCGUGCCAUCCUGUGCAAGAUGACACUUAGCCUCAUCUGGACGGUCCUCCUGCUUACAUUGUGUCUUCCCGGCGUCGUUCUCUGGGCACCGGUCUUCAUAUCCACGGGGCUGGGUGCGCGGUGGUACAAAACCACAGGCCCGAUGUCCGAGACGGAGGUUAGGAUCGCCCACACGAAGCAGCUGCUCGGGUUCUUCUCACUAUCGUCCGUUCUCCCUAUCGCAAUGGCCUGCACUUGUUUCUAUUCCCCCGCAGCAGCGAUGUUUGUUCCGCUGGUGAUGUGGGUGACCCUCAGGUGGCUGGAAGACUCGAUGGCAUCUGCACGCAUUUUCAUCGCCUUCGCGUGCCUCCUGUGGAUCGGUCCUGCGGAGCUCCACAGGAUGACGCUCGUCCGCGAGUCUCUUCAUCAUCGCGUCAUGGAUUAUGCCGAGAACUCGCUAGGACUGCCAGCCGAUCCGGCGCGGCACUUCGCUGAUAGUGUGGUGAAGGAGAUGGUUCGGACGAGGGGAUCCUGGAUGAGCAAGUUACACUACUCCAUCGGCGCGCGGAGAAAGAAGAGUUGGAACGAGAGCUUGAGGUUCGACGAGAAGGUCGAUUAUACUGAAGACGACUGA